UGUGGGAACCGCGAAUGUCCUAUAACAGAAAGGGGCGGAGCUAUCCCCAGCCUGUUUGUCUCUGCCGUGUCCCGAUUGCCCGAUUCCUCUGUCAGUUACGGGGGCUUAAAGACAGUGGGCUGAUUAAAGCAGAUUACCGGCGGAGCGAGAGAGUCGAUGUGCUGGCAUCUCAUUCUGGUCACCACGGCGAUGAUGGCUUCACCAUGGAAACAGCGCUGCAUCCUCCUCCUCCUCUCCCUCCUUCUCCUCCACCUUCAGUCCUCCGCCGGCAAGACUCGACAACCGUCUGACAGUGUUUCUUUAUCAUCUUUCCAUGAUGAAGGGAUGGAGCAGAGUGAGAGGGGGGUGUGGACAGAGGAAGAUUUUUCACCUGAAGAUGAACCAACCGGACAAAUGCAGACUCCAGAUGUUCUUCGCAGAAAGUUGCUUCAGGCACCAGGAGCUGCACUUCCCUUUCCUCCCCUCAAGGUGUUAUCCAAUGGGGAGCCGUGCCUCCUGUUGCAGGCGAGGAAACUUUCUCUACGCUUUGAGAAGCAGAAGCAGCUGGACCUGACGGAGAGAACGUUUUCCCCUCUGAAACCUGUCGACACCAGCAAGUCCGUCUGCAGCCUGGAUAAGGCCACGCUCAUUAUGAAGUUCGGAGAUGUGGAAGAUUUAAGAGAUCUGUCUAUCAGACUGCAGCUCUCCAACACUUUCUACGAGUCGUCAGGCCAGUGGUGGUUCUCAGUGGAUAGCGUCUCUCUACUCUACAACAAGUCUGAAGAAGCUGUGUUCAACGCCAGCGAGGUGUACGCUCCAGCCUCCUCCUCCUAUCACUGCCUCCAUGUCAGCAGCCUGCAGCGUCACAGCGCCCUCCUGCUGCCCGGCAACGACCACGCCCGCCGCUGGUCUGUCACCUUCACCAACUUCCAGAUUCAGGCGUUCAACGUCACCUCUGGUAAAUUUUCUCCUGCGAGCGACUGCGCCACCUUCCUGACGCCCGCCAUCCUGAUGGGCCUCAUCACCUCCCUCAUCCUGCUGCUGGUCCUGGCCUACGCCCUGCACAUGGUCAUCCACCUGAAACACAUCGAGCACGAAGACGAACACAAGUCACACGUCUACUUCCCCCAAAACUCUGAACCGCUGGAACACUGCUGUCUGGAGAACGUCCCCGAGAAAAAUAUUCUGUAGCGAAGAACCACAAGAAGAGACUCGUCUGAUGUGAUAGGAUACACUCAGCUCAGGAGUAGAUUUUAUGAAUAUAUAUUUAUAUUGUUUUUUAUUUUCCUAUCGGUGAGUUUAUGUAUUUGUCUUUGCAGAUAAUUUAUUAAAAAUAUAAAUAAAUAA